CCAUCUCGUCUCCACCAAACACCAACCUCCCCAAAAACCCUAGCCCCAGCCAGCAUUCCCCGAGCUCCACUCUCUGCUCCCUCACCUCGCCCGCCCAUGUCGCCGGUGACGCCCUCCCCGGCCACCGAGCCCAGGCGCUCCGUCCGGCUGCGCUCCACACCGGCCGACGCCGACCCCGACCCCGACGCCGAGCCCAGGCGCUCGGUGCGGCUGCGGCCCAAACCGGCCGACGCCGACCCCGACCCCGACCCCGACUCCGAGCUCGAGCGGCGCGUGACGUCGUCGCGCCGCAAGCGCCACCGCGAAGCGGACCCCGACGCGGACCCCGAACGCGGGCCGUCGCGCUCGCGCUCGCGCGGCAAGCGCCAGCGCAGAGCGGCGGGGAACGCGGCCAAGGACGGGACGAAGGACGCGCAGCAGACUGCGGGGGCGGGGGCGGACGACGCGGGCAGCGCGAUCAACGACGACAUCUGCGCGGAGGAGCCGGACGCGGAGGAUCUACAGAUGGGCCAAGAGGAGGACGAAGAGGAGGGCGCCGCGGUCCAGGCGGGGGGAGAAGGGUCCGCGGAGACGCGCGGCGCCGGGAAGAAGAAGAGGGUGGCGAGGCCGAGCGCCAACAAGAGGAAGGCCGUCCAGGACCACUUCGUCGGCGAGCCCGUGCCGGAUGGCGAGGCGCGGCAGCGGUGGCCGCAGCGGUACGCCGCCAAGGGUUCUGAUUCACAAGCUAAGAGGUCUGAUGCCGAGGACGAAAUCGGAGCCCUGCGCCACUACACAACAGUUUGCGUGGAUGAGGCGAACUUCCAUCUUGGGGAUGACGUCUAUGUCAAGGCUGCUCCUGGUGAGGACAAUUACAUUGGCCGGAUCACAGAGUUGUUUGAAGGAAUCGAUCAUGGAUCACACUUCACUUGUCGCUGGUUCUUCCGUGUGGAAGAUACGGUCAUCUCACCCAAAUUGCUGGAGGUUAAUGAUCAUAAGCAUGAUCGCAAGCGUGUUUUCCUUUCAGAGGAAAAGAAUGAUAACAUGAUUGAGUCAAUUAUCUCUAAAGUAAAUAUCAUUUAUGUGAGCCCAAAUAUGACACCCGAAGCUAAAGCUCAGCUAAUCUCAAAGUGUGAUUUGUAUUAUGACAUGUCUUAUUCGGUAGCAUAUUCCACGUUUGCAAACAUGCCACCAGAAAAUGGUGGUGCAAUGGGCAGUGAAGCAGCAUCAGAUCUUUCUUGUGACGAUGUUGACUAUUCUAAGAAAAAACCAAUUGCUGACAUUGCGGCACCACAUGAUGAACAAAUGGAAACAGCAACACUGCUGGAUCUUUACUCUGGGUGUGGUGCCAUGUCAACUGGGCUAUGCCUGGGUGCUGCAUGGUCGGGCUUAAAACUGAAUACAAAAUGGGCUGUAGACAUGAACACAAAUGCUUGCAACAGUCUAAAGCAAAACCACACAUUCACACAGGUGCGGAAUGAGAAGGCUGAGGAUUUCCUUUCCCUCCUUCGGCACUGGGAUGCCCUCUGUAAGAAAUAUGACGUCCACAAUAGCAAUUCUCUACCACGGACUUCGAACAAUGAUGAAGAUGAUGAAAAUGAAAAUCUCCCGGAGGGUACAUUUGAAGUAGAGAAACUGGUUGAUAUUUGCUACGGUGAUCCAAAUAGCACUGGAAAGGCUGGCUUGUGGUUCAAGGUACGGUGGAAAACAUAUGAUCCUAGUUAUGAUACUUGGGAGCCAAGUGAUGGCCUUAGUGAUUCCCCUGAACGUAUUAAAGAAUUUGUUGAGAGUGGAUACAGGGAAUCCAUUUUACCCUUGCCUGGCUGCGUGGAUGUCAUCUGUGGGGGUCCUCCUUGCCAAGGCAUCAGUGGAUUGAACAGAUUCAGAAAUUAUGAAGAUCCGCUGACGGAUGAAAGAAACAAACAACUGAUUGUGUUUAUGGAUAUUGUGAACUACCUGAGGCCCAAAUAUGUUCUUAUGGAGAACGUCGUAGAUAUUCUGAAAUUUGCAGAUGGGUUUCUUGGGCGUUAUGCAUUGAGUCGCCUUGUUGCCAUGAGUUACCAAGCUAGGCUUGGUAUGAUGGUUGCAGGAUGUUAUGGGCUACCACAGUUCAGGAUGCGAGUGUUUCUCUGUGGAGCGCUUCCUUCAGUGGUACUUCCAAAGUUUCCGCUUCCCACCCAUGAUGUUAUUAAUCGAGGAGUAGUGCCAAAUGCAUUCUCGCAAUGUCUAGUUGCCUAUAAUGAAACCGAAGAUAAACACUUGAAGGAAGCUCUUGUCAUUAGAGAUGCUAUAUCCGAUUUACCGAAGGUUGGAAACCAUCAACCUAAUGAUGUGAUGGACCAUCGUAUUAGACCCAAAACAGAAUUCCAACAUUAUAUCCGGCUCAACCGUAAAGACAUGAAGGAUUACUCACUUGGAGAUGCUACUCACAAGGAAGGUCUUCUAUUUGAUCAUCAGCCCCUACAAUUAAACAAUGACGAUUAUGAAAGAGUGCAGCAGAUUCCUGUAAAAAAGGGGGCCAACUUCCGUGAUUUGAAAGGUGUCCGGGUUGGGGAAAACAAUACCGUUGAGUUCGAUCCGGAUAUUCCUCGCGUACUUCUGUCUUCUGGGAAGCCUUUGGUGCCUAGCUAUGCCAUGACCUUUAUCAAGGGCAAGUCACUGAAACCAUUUGGACGCCUGUGGUGGGAUGAAACUGUUGCAACUGUUGUCACCAGAGCUGAGCCUCAUAACCAAAUUGUUUUGCAUCCCACCCAGCACCGAGUUCUGACCGUCCGUGAAAACGCGAGGCUACAAGGCUUCCCAGACUAUUACAGGUUGUCUGGCCCUAUAAAACAGAAAUAUAUCCAAGUUGGCAAUGCGGUAGCCGUCCCUGUUGCUCGAGCUCUGGGGUACUCCCUUGGACAGGCGUACCAGGGCGAAUUUGAUGGUGACUAUCCCCUGUUCAAAUUACCAGGGAAUUUUAUUCCUAUGGAUCAAGCAACACUUGCAAGAUUGUCUGAAGGAACUUCUGGAGGCGAAGUAGUGGAGGCAGAAUAAGUUUGUGACUGAGUGUGUUGAUUUUGGUCAUAUACUUGCAUGGGUAGCUGUCAAAACAUUGUCAUUUACUCUGGCCACUGAUUUUUCCAACUCAUCAAUUUAUAACUAAAAGCUUAUGUAUUUCCCCAUUGCAUACCUGUCUAUUCCUUCAAAUUCAGAAACUUUUUUGAGGAAAUUUUGCGGCUGGAAGAUA